AUGUCGGAGCUAAACCAGUUGAAGUUGAGUGGGCCCGUGAUUCACUUUUGGGCUGAUCUGAAUGGGCACGUUGAUAUUAGGGAAGUUUUUGAAUUGAAGAAUGAAGACGGACAACAAUUUAAGAAGUUAUGGGCCUUAUCAGGCAGCCCUAAAAGACGACUGGGAAGGCUUGAAGAGCUUUUCGAGCCCCAAGAUCUGGAUAAAAAACAAGGACCAGCUGCUGCUUUGUCAACUCCUCUAACGGCGGCCGGCUACAUUGCAUUUCACUUGGUAGUGUUCAGCCAACGUGAAGAACCGCUUAAAAGUUUUCUUAGUAUUGGCGAAAGCAACCCUAUGACAAUUUUUGACUUCUUGACAAAGAAUGACUACGGAAACACAGCUCUUCACGAGGCUGCCGCCAAUGGGAACAUUGAGGCGGUAAAGCUCUUGGUGAAUCACAUUAACGAGCUCUCAGUUGGAGAUUACGAACAUCUAUCUUCUGAGGCCCUUGAGGAUAAAAAUAAUGAAGGCGAAACCUCUCUAUUGAGAGCUGCUGCUUAUGGGAAAACAAAAGUGGUGAAUUUUUUAGCUUCAAAAUCUUUAGCAGAUGAAACGGCUCUGGAGUUACUGGAGCUAGAUGAAUCGUUGCCAACAAUGAAAAUGGUUGUAUCAGUCUUCUCCUGCUAG